AUGACCGAAAGCGUCGACUAUUACGACUCUUUGGACGUCCAUGUUCGGUGGGCUGAUGGCACUGAUCUAGUGAUUACUAUCUCACCUACCCAAGACACGGUCGGCACCUUAAAGCACAAAAUUCAACAAUUAGUGCCUGAACGAACCAGUCAAAAGUACAUUCGCCUCAUUCACACAGGCCGUAUCCUUGACAACGACCAACAGACUUUGAGUCACUAUGGCCUGGGCAAGUUUAUGCGAAGCGACACUUCCAAAUUACCUAUCCCGCCACCAUCACCGGUCUACAUCCACUGCUCAGUUUCAGAUCAUCGAUCAUCAGAUCAACAUAGCAAUGACAAUGCAAAUGGAGAAAACAAUACAAGGCCGUUGAUGGGAUUCGAUCGUUUACGUGAGUCAGGGUUCAAUGAAGAAGAGAUUCGGGAUAUUCGGGCACAAUUUCAUCGAACACAUGGCUCUUCUUACGAUGGUGAAGCGACAGAACAAACAAUGGCUCUAGAAGAGCAAUGGAUGGAGAAUACAGGCGAGAUGUUACCGGAUGGAUUGAUUCAGGGUACAUACAAAGAGAUGAUGUGGGGAUUACUCUUGGGAUUCUUCCUCGGUAUUCUAUGCUUAUUUUGGUUCAGGGAGUCUGUUUUUACGCGAAGGCAUCAAAUGGGUAUCGUAGCAGGAAUGCUCAUCAACAUUUCAUUUGGCGUACUCCAUGUCUAUCACUAA